AUGAAGAAAUAUAUAGUAUAUAAAUAGGAUAGAUUUAAAAACAUAAGUAAAUUGCCUAAUGUUAAAGCAAAUUUUUUUAAUUAUAAAUCAAUUUUGGAUGAACAAAUGAAUAGCAAAUUUAUAAAUAAGAGAUAGAAUCAAAAUUAUUAUUUGGUUAAUUCUUAUUAUUGUAAUAAAAGGAUGUCGAAUAGAAAAGAUUUUGUGUGA